AUGGCAUCCUUCAUCACAACCAUGUCUGUCCCCAUCCUUUCUGUUACUGCUUCGUCCGAUGUUGGACAGCCUGCCCCGCCAUCCUCAUCUUCUCCCCAACCUUCGCUCCCCUCCUCUCCGUCCAUCAUCUCCCCUUCAGUUUGCUAUGGCACCGUCCAAACUUUCCCUGGUCCCUUCUCUGAGCCCCCCUCAUAUCUAUCCCCGGCAGUACGCGCCCUGAAAUAUGAUCCCGCUGGACUGACACCUCCCAGCAACGCUCGGACCCGAGCUCCCUUCAAGCCGCGGUCGGCAGCCAAGGGCACCACUAGCUAUCAACUGAGACAGUUCGCAGAAGCAACCCUGGGAAGUGGAAGCUUGCGGAAGGCCGUGAAGCUUCCAGAAGGCGAGGAUUUAAACGAGUGGCUUGCAGUUAAUGUGGUCGACUUCUACAACCAAAUCAACUUGCUCUAUGGCGCGAUCACAGAAUUCUGUUCUCCGCAAUCAUGUCCGGAAAUGAAGGCAACUGAUGAAUUCGAAUAUCUCUGGCAAGAUUCGGAAAAUUACAAGCGACCGACGAAGAUGUCGGCCCCAGAAUAUAUCGAACAUCUGAUGAGUUGGGUACAAAGCAGUAUCGACAACGAACAGAUUUUCCCCAGCAGGCUUGGUGUCCCCUUCCCCAAGGUGUUCCCGAGCCUCGUGCGCCAGAUCUUUAAGCGGAUGUAUCGCGUGUAUGCGCACAUUUACUGCCACCACUACCCGGUUGUGGUCCAUCUUGGACUGGAGCCUCAUCUAAAUACCAGCUUCAAGCAUUACGUGCUCUUCAUUGACGAGCACCGUCUGGCCAGCGGCAAGGAUUUCUGGGGUCCGUUGGGAGAUCUUGUGGAUAGCAUGCUGCGCAGUGACUAG